GUGUCUAUGGUAGCGCCUCUCCUCUCUCGUUGCCGUGCGUGUGUGGUGCGCGCCGCUGUUGCUGCCGCCGCCGCCUCCUCCCUCUGCCUCCUAUCUGCAUCUGCUGCAGAGCUUUAGCCAACACGCAUCUGUGCUCUGUCUUGUUUUUCCCGCUAUCUUUCUGCUUUUGCCCACCACAAUUGUCGCUUUCUUCCUCUUUUUUUCCUCUUCUCUUCUCUUGCUGAUAAGGGAGUCAGAGCACACCUACAGCCGUGGAGUCUACGGGGAAAGAUGGGGCACUGACUAUUCGUCACUUUGGAGUAUUGAGGACGGCGAUGAACCGGAGGAGAGCGCCGGAUGGGAUAGGAGCCGUGAAACCCACAUCAUUGACCGCGGAUUGAGCAAGCCUCCCCUCCCCUUCCUCCUCUCUCCCCUCACUCUCUGUCUCUCCCUAGUCUGCAGCCUCCAAGAACAGCCGCCGCAUCAUUUUUUCAGAGCAGCAGUACCCCCCUCCUCCCUCUCUCUCUCUUCCCCAUCCUCUUUUCUACCCGUCUCCCUUUCUGCUGCUUGCACCACUGUGGGAAUGCAGCGAAGGUAAACGAAUCGUAAGGGGCUCCUGUUUUUUUUUCUUCUUCUUUCUCUUCUCUCUCCUCCACCAAACACCGGAUCUAUUAUCCCAGGGACGGACUGCAGUUAGACUGCUCUGGAGACACGCCGCUGUCAUUCCGGGAAAUCAGCGCGGGGUGGUCAGCGUAUGGAUUAGACCAGGAUCAAUUGGAUUUAGCCCGCUUCUCAGGGCACCACCAACAGCAACACCGCCCCAGUCUCAUUGGCAGAUCACAUCAGAUCCCCUUCUGCCCUGCCUCGUUUCAGUUUCGGUGGCUUUCACCGGCUUGGAUUAUCGACAGCUGGAGCGACCGAAAGGGUGGCCGUUCCUAAGGGCUGUGAGGGGCAAAGUUGGAGCAGCCUACAAAGACAUUGCAAGUGGGAAAGGGAGCCCAUUAGUAGGCUGCACAUAAGCUACAGGCUCUAAUGUAAAGUAAACUCCGAUGAGACCCAAGAGUAGAGCGAUUUGAAGAAUUUGUCUUUUGCCGACCUUAUUCGGCCGAUAAUCAUCCAGCUGAGUGGAGAAGGGUGCUGCCUUUAGCCCAGGUUGUUGGUCUGCGCACGAACACACACGCGUAUGGAUUUACAGCUCCAAUCUGAAGCUCGCCACGCAACGGAUCGAUAUCUUUCGGUUUUUUGCGUCGGCUUUUUAACAAGGGAGUGAAGCAUCCUGGGAUUUAUCAUCGCUUCGUUAGCGCUAAACUACAGUGAGGCGCCCUCCCCCGACCCCCCUCCCGCUUCCCCGCCUCUCUCUCUCUCUCUCUCUCUCUCUCUCUCUCUCUCUCUCUCACCUGUCCAUAACCUGUGUGCUUGUGUGUAUAUUCUUGUGCAUUUCUGUGUCUGUGUGAGUUUAUGUGGUUUGUUGUCCGCCAGAGGGAGUGUAGGUUAUAUUGCUCGUGUAUGCAUUUGAGUGCCGUGCCAGCUUUUAAUUAGUAAGCCUACACCUAGUACGUGACUGAGUAACUUAGGCUAUCUCGUGUCUGCUCUGCUUGUGGGUGCUUGUGCAUUAGUACGUGUUUUAUGUUGCUGCAUGAAGGCAUAUAGACCAGGUAUUGUGUGGGUACUAUUUACUUAAGAUGCACAGCAUUUCUUCUGCACCACUUGUCCUUCCUCUUACAUGCCAUUGUGUAAUUUGGCCACCUGUUUGACCUUCCCAGUACCUUAAAAGAGACAAAAAAAAACCUCCGGCAGGAUGAGCGAUCGUUCUGGUGCAAGUACUCUAGCAGCCAUGACGCUGGAGGAACCAGGGGCAGAACAGGCAUCUCCUCGAGCCCCGGGCCCUCUCCGCUGUGGCCCCUGUGCCGUGUGGCCUCGCCAGCAGACCUGGCUCUGUGCCGUGCCCCUAGUCAUGGGCUUUGUGGGACUGGGACUCAGUCUUAUGCUGCUAAAAUGGAUUGUGGUGGGAUCCGUCCAAGACUAUGUCCCCACUGAUCUAGUGGAUCCUAAAGGUAGCAUUGGACAGGAUCCUAUAUUUCUCUCUAAACCCAGUGCCAUGCCCAAGGGGCCUGACAUUUCCACUGCCACCAGUACUUUAGCAGCCUCUACGACAGCAAUGGUGUCAACUACCACGCCACUAGCUGCAGACGGUACCGCCCCAGCGCCAAGAACUAGAUCAGGGCCUCCAGCUAAUCACUCGGCCAAUGGCAGCACUGCCAAUGGAGAUGGCAACAGUGCCCCACACCUUCAUAACCGUGCUGGCACCCGCGUUAGCGGGACUGUUACCACUUCUGCUACUCGUGCCACCCGACUCACUCCACCAUCCAGCGGUAGGGAGGUCACCCCUCGAAGUAAUGUGAGAAAGGGAAACAGCAAUGGACGUAAUGGAGCUGUCAACUCCAAGCCAGGGCAGACUUCUCCUACCGUCACCACUACCACAUCUGUUACAACUACAGCUACACUGAAGGCCACUGCUAAGGUACAGCCGACCACCUCUCAACCGCCAGCCCCUGUCAAGCCCACGUCACGCUGGAAUCAUGGACGCCCAGGCAAGGGCCCGGCCACACGCCCACACCACCGCUUCCGGACGCCGCUCGCCCCAACACAUCCCAGCCUUCGUUCGGAGGUCUUCAAGCCAUGUGUGGAAGACAAGGACCUAGCCUUUUGUCUGAACGAGGGAGAGUGUUCGAUCAUUGAAACCGUGGCUGGGGUUCACAGACACUGCAGGUGUAAAGAGGGCUACCAUGGACUACGCUGUGACCAGUUUGUUCCCAAGACAGAUGCUAUCUUGUCAGAUCCAACGGAUGAACUUGGGAUCGAGUUCAUGGAGAGUGGUGACACCUACCAGAGGCAGGUGCUGUCCAUCUUCAGCAUUGCCUCGGGGAUCUGUCUUCUUGGAGUGGCAUGUAUGGCUCUCUACCGCCACAACAAGAGACACAGGGAGAAACUCCAGGCUCAUUUCUCCGACAGCCGCAGUCUCAGAGACUGUACCGUCAAUGCCUCCGGCCUCAUGUCCAAAUCUACCCCCAGACUUCAAUACAGCCUUCAGCUCCAAAAGAGUUGCACUUCUCACGGAUCGUCUGUUAAGGGCGGCAAAGUGGCACCAGGGGCAUCAACAGUAGCUCCACCUAUUCUCAGCAAAGCACUGUCUAAAGGGAAACGCUUCAGGAGUAGUUCGCUCUCACUCAGCCCAGCCCUACAACGGAGAGAGACUAAUUACUUCAGGACUCCACCCAUUUCCAGAGGGAAACACAAAAUAUCCACAAAUCUUAUUGACGGAUCCAGAGUGGCGGGGCAUGUCUACAAACACUUGCAGGAGGAUGAGUCAUCGGACAUGGAGUCCAUAAGAAGGUGUGAUUCUGCCGGCGGAAGGGUCGGCGCCCUCCUGAGCAGGACCUCACUCUCUCACUUCACAGCCAGGAAAGGAUGGACUGAGGUUCCCUGCACCCGCCUCGAUAAAGGUACGACCUUCCUGCCACCCUCCCUCCGCACCCGAUCUGUGCCCAUCAUCCCUUCGCUCCAAACGUGUGACCUUGAGGCCAGCCACCCGGUCACGAGUGACCGGAACCAAGCAGGGCUCUUCAAGUGGCACCCCGUGCUGGCUGGAAAGACGGGCCUUCCCGUUAGCAAUCCUCCCUCUCCCCCUGAAAGCGUCGUGCUGGCGACCAGUGUCAUGCCCAGCAGCGUUAGCCCCCCCGCCGCCGCCGCUUCUCUCCUGGGGUUGGAGAAGAAUCUCGGCUCUCCUCAAACACCCUGCUCCUUUGAAAUUACAGUGGAACUCGCGCAGGAGUUAAAACAGAAAAGCCUUUGCAGCCCCAUGAAAAGGUCUGGGUCUCACAGUGAGAUCCACCACGGUGGCACAAACACUCUUGAGAAGACGGCACGGGAGUCAGAGGGGAAAAGUGUCCAGUAUUCCCCCAGAGUUCUGCACACAGGCAGCGGGACCAGAGGAUGGAAGGCAGCAGGCCAAAGAGGAACCCGGGGACAGUGCCAAGGUCAGACAUCUCUUGUGUACGGAGGACCAGACUUGGCCACCAAAGGACCCAUCUGCAGAGGAAUUGGAAACACUUAUGCCAAGCCCUCUGCGAGCUGAUUGGAUUAACUCUGUAAAGAGAAGACACUGUUUUCAAUAAAUGUAUACCUUUGCUGGUGGCUCAGUAUGGCUAGCAGGUGGGACCAUCUGUGUGGCCACAUGGACCAAUAACAGAUGGCCAUCAGUUUUCGAAAGAACACGAACAGAUUGAAUUCCCAAGGGGGGAAAAAAUAUUGACACAAAAGACAUCGAAUUACAAAAGGAAAAGAGACAAACAAACACACAUUGUGAAUAAAUGUGACUCAAAAGGAAAACAAAACCAUGACUUGAGUGGGAGCUUGACUUAAACAGUGUAUUGAAAAAAAUGCCACUAUUACAAGGAGCUUCUACUUAGAAACCAAAAUAGUGUGUUAUCUCUAUGUUGUUUCUCUAUUGUAAAGAAAUGAAAUUAUAUAUGUCAUAUAAUAUAUGUCAUAUAGACAUAUAUAUAUUUGACAUACAAUUGUGACAAAAUAAAGACUAAGAUAACAGUGUUAAUUAUGGGCUUUAUUCAUCUUAAUCCAUUCUCGUGACUUAAUCGGCAUUCUGAAAUAAAUCUGGACAAAUAUCGAAGUCGAGUCGAACGAUUACAAGUAACGACAAAGCUGUCAGGAGAUCGUUGCAUUUGUUGGAAAUACAUCAGAUUUCAAACAUACGAGUUCUCUUUGCUGCACUUUCUACUGUAUGUGAAACUGUAGUUGCAAAUAAGCAGGUAGUUGAAAAUAAACAGGGUAUCACCAGAAAAUGCAGGAAGCACCAAAAACAAGAUUCUUUAUAAGUAAAGCAGUGCACCAUGUUUGGCUGCUUUAGUAAGCCAUCGUGCAGCCUUCUGGUCUCUUGCUGAUGGGAUUUUGCCAGACUAAAAAUGGCAACACUUGCUGUUGUUUUUAAAGUUUGUAGUUGUUAACUUGGGAGCCCGUUUUAAUGAACUUAUUUAUAUAUUGCCAUUAAAUAAGCAACAACUACAGCUGGGCCUGUGGAUAGACUGUCACAGGGCUGUCACUAAGUGUUUUGUGAGGGAUUAUCCGUCCUUCACAAUGGAAGGGUCAAGUUGGUUUAGGUACUGUAUGUUCAGUAAUCCGCUUGUCGAAUGAUAAUAUAUCAAGCUUUUGCUGGUUCCAAGCUCCUACUUCACUUGUUUAAGCUGUUGGCUUUUUAACGUGUUGCAAUCCUUUGUUUUAUUUAACAGAGGAAAGCCCUCUUACAGAUGUGCGACACAUCUUUUUAAAACUCUACAGCCUUUGGGCUCACAGUGUCCAAGACAACAAAUACUUGAAUGCUUCAGAAAAGAUUUCAGUGUUAGCUUAAGAUUACAACUUUGGCAUAGCAAGUAAUUCAAACCACACAGUAACAAAAUGAUGACCAACCCAAUGGAUCAAGUUUUAUCAGGAAAAAUUUGACCUUCAUUCCACAUCUUUACUGUGCUGAUGUGUUCAUACCCAUAACUCCCUAGCCAUCACAAUAUGUCAGCUAGCCCAACUCACUAACCUUCCAAAUGUUGCCUCCACAUUUCAGUUUUUUUAAAUACUGAAGUCAGAACAGUAUCGUGCAUCACCUUCAGACAAAAACUAGUGAGCUAACUCCUCUUUUUCAAAUUUUAAACGUAAUAUUUUAUCAUUUUAUUGGAACUGAUUUGUUUUUGCAAACCAUGGGAGCUUUUGGGACUAGAAAUCAAACUUAAUAAGUGUAUAAAGAUUCUGGUUUGGUUCAGUGAAAUUCUAUUUAUGUAGCUCACUGGUUAACAAUAAAGGCCUUCUUAAUAUGAUAAAGGUGUUUUGUUAGUACACAAUCCAACAAUCACACUUUUAGCAAGCACUUGGCAACUGCGGGGAGAAAGAACUGCCCUUAAACAGGAAGAGCAAAAGACAAAACACAGAUAAAAAGAGCAUUGGGGGUAACAAACAUGGCAAAACACAAACUAAACUAUAAACUUCAGAGCACAGCUAAGCUGCCACUACUGCUCUUGCUACAAGUGCUGAACCAUAUCAAUAUUACCACAGCCCUUUACCUCUGAGGCAUAUAACCAAACACCUUCAUACCCUAUGAUGUUAAAAUGAAAGAGAUGACUGGUGAACUUGCCAGUGUGUUAUAGUUGGAGCCACAACCACGAAACUUCAAAAUAUAGAGAGUGGUAUAGGAGUAUUGAUUGCCGUAUCAACAUACAAAGUUUCCGUGGUGAUGAAUGGUACCUUUCCCUUUAAAUCUAAAAUUUACUGUUUUUUGGUUGGUGUUUUUUGCUUGUGUAUGUGUGUGCACGCAGGUUUUCCAUAAUGGAUCUCACAAAAAAAAAUAUGUAAAUUGAACCGAGGAUAAUGGGGAAAGCUUUGGUAAUGGAACGAUUGUGUAUGUGAAGAAAAAGGUGACUCAGAUACUGUGAAUGAUAAGAGUUCUUCAAAGAUUUUCCAUGUUCUCACUGAGUGCAGAAUUAUACUCAUUAUUCAUUAUUUCCUAUGAUAAACCUUGUGCCGUAUCCAUAGGCUAUGAGCACAAAAGAAGACCUCCUUCCACAGUGAUGAAUUCUAACAAUGGCCAUGAGGUUUGUGGUUGGAAAUGAAGCACGGCAGCAUACAAGCUGAACGCAAUUCUUUAUUUAUGCCUCAUUUACGUCAAAUUCACUAUAUCUCACUUUCCUCCCUUUCAGGUUUGCAAUGACUGCUGGCAAGGUAGAUUGUACAGCACUUACAAAUGGGUAUUACUGAGAUUUCUUCAUCACUUUUUUUUUUUUUGCAGAAUAAAACUAUCUUAAGUCUAUAAGAAGAGCUUUUGUGAAGAUUAAAAUGAACUUCAUUGAUCCCUGAUGAGAAAUAGAGCCAAGACAGCUGCAAAGGAAAGAUAAAAUUACCAUAAAUAGAAAAUAACUUGCAUCCUAAAUGCAAAUGCAUACAGUAAAAGCUGGUAAGACAGAAUUUACUAUACUUUUCACUGAAUUUUCAGAUGCUGAUGGCAUAGGAUAUUUACCUGAUCACAAAAGGUGCCCGGGUGUGCGAAUACAGUUGUAUUUCUUUUCUUAUUUUUAAAGUGAAUAAAUAAAGUAAAGAGCACAUUAAAUGCUGAUAUUUCCAUAGAGGGUAUAAGUUAUAGUGGGCAUGCUGUUUCCUUCAUAGCAUGCAAAAGAUUAUGGACUGACGUGUUUCACAGCACUCUAAACAUGAAAUAAGACUAAUGAUGGAACACGAUUGCCUACUAAAAUACAGUUCAUCACAUUUCUGAAUGCAUCAUUCGGAUGCACAUUUAUCCAUCAGCGUUUCAUGCUUUACCAUCAGGAACAAAGUGAUAUUUGCAGGAAAUAGCGUGAAGCAAAUGUAGUAUAUUACCCUUACCAUCUAAAGUAACAACUAUGCUGUACGCAGAGUCAUCAUUAAGCUAAAAUGCAGGCAUUGGGUGCACACUGGACCAACCCAAAUAAUAUAGAAGGAAAAACUAUCAACUCAAGGGAGUAUUUUGCUAGCAUGGUGUGGCUACACUUAGACAGAAUGGUCACUGCAAAUCAAUGCAGCAUUGUUUUGAGUGAUUAUAUUUAUCCUGUGAUGAAACAUUUUUAUCCUGAUGGAAUAGUCUCUUCCAGAAAGACAGUGCCCCAACUCAUAUGGCAGAAAGGGUCACUGAAGGAUUUGAUGAGUAUGAAAAUGAUGUGAAUUGUUUGUUAUGACCUUUGCAGUCACUCUAUCUCAACCCAGAUGAAUACGAUGAGAGAUUUUGUCUUAGGCACACUCUUCACUACCAUCAGCAAAACAGCAGAGUGGGAAAUAUCUUUUGGACGAGUGGUGUUUCAGCAGAGUAUCAAUGCAAUGGCACACCAAGGAAAUGGUGGCCCAGGAAUUUACCACGGCCCUAAUUUGUCUAUCUAAUUCAAAUGGCCUAAUAUCUGUGAAUAGCACUUUGGGAUUGCCAAAUUACACCUAUACCUUAUAUUUUACCAUUUUAGAUGUUGAGCAGAUUAGUUUGUCACAUUUUGCAAAUUUUCUGUUAGUGAAAAUGUAGCAUCUAUUUUUUUUAUUUAAGUUAGUUUAGGUAGUGUUAAAAAAAUCUGUAGAUACUGUUUUGCUGUUUUAACAAAGAAGCCUGAAGUGUCUCUAUCCAAUAAUCCACCAAACACUUGAAGUGGAUACAGUCAACACUGGACACCAAAGCUCUGAAAAUCCCUGAUCAUAUCUCAUGGAAAACUGCCAGCUGCGAGGCCAUGCUACUUACAUACAAGCUCUGAACCACAUGUUAACUGAUCUUCUUAUUGAAAAAAUUACAUAACGACCAAUGUGAAAAUCACAACGACACAAUGGCAAGCUUUCUAAUCAGCUCACGAUUGUAGUCAAAUAUAAAGCUGGAAAUAAUAGAUUGCUGUCAGAGAAGGCUCUUCCCAUGUGGCACUAAUGAGAGGCCGUGUGGAUUUGAAAAGGCCGGGAUCAGUCUUUGAUCACAGCUCACAGUGAAUGCUGGAAGCACUGUUUGAAGCAUCUUUUUAAAGAGUCGCAGUCUCACUGUUUGCAGACAGGGUUCUCCCUCUAAAACAUCUGAGCCAGGGAUCCAGGCAGCACUCACCCAGACUUAAUCAGCUAAUAUCAGUAGUCCACAUGUAACAAAAGUAGUGGAUCCAUUUUGUGGGAAACGGGAGAAGACGCUGGCAUUGUGAAGGGACUGUAGCACAUAAAGGAGGAGGAUGAAAAAUUAAGUGUUCUCACUGCCUAAAAUGAGUCGGUUUGUUGGAGGUGGGCCCUUACCCUGUAACUCUUCAAUUAAUCCUCGCAGGUGUUGACUCUUUUAUGUUUCUGAGGAAUGUCACAUACGCACUGGUCUCUCCUGCUCAAUGUGAGAGGAAUACUAAUGAACCAGGGGUGCAAGGGGACUGUGAAGUUCCCCGCCAGAUGGCACAGAGAUUAUGACGACAGCAGGCCAGCAUGUGUAAUGCAGAGCUACCAGUGUGGAUGUCUCCUAGCAUCUCUCACAGGCUCCCCUCGAUGUGGGAUAUCAGGUGAUAUUUAACAUUGCCAGUGGCCAUGUUGAUAGUGGAAGCUUCUCUCCUGAAAGGAAAAAUGUUUUGUUUGUUCUUAAGUGACAGCUGCUGACAUUGUGAAUGCAGCAGAUUUAGUAGCUAAGAUAGGAUCUCCUGCAGUAUGUUUUUGAAGCUGAAGCUUCCUGUAUCUGUUUUUAAUGUCUGCAUAAGAACUCACAGUUUCAAUGAACUGGCAUGUACAAGACCAGAAGUAACCCAAACGGAAUGCAAUCGUAAUUAUGCAAAUGGUAAAUGCACUGAUACUUGUAUAGCACUUUUCUACUUUAUUGGAGUACCUAAAGUGCUUUCUUAUUAAACGCUUCAUUCACCCAUUCAUUUAUUGAAAUGACUUUUUCUGUGCUUAAAUGCUUUUAAACUAACCUUCACAUUCACACUCUGACGAAUGCGAACUCAGUGUUCAGGAUCUUGCCCAAGUAUAUUUUGGCAUGUAGACUAGAGCAGCUGGGGAUUGAACUGCUGACCUUUUGAUUAGUAGGCGAGCCAAUCUACCUCCGGUUACACGUGGUUCCCUCCUUUUACAUGUCACAAUGCUUGGUUGAUCAAUCAAGAUGAUAAGUAUUAGCAUAAAUAAAGCCAAUGUGGAACUGGCUUACACUUGCAUUCUAUCUGAAGACUACCAGAAGAGAAAAGCUGUGGCAAAAGAUUUCUGGACAUAUAGAAGUUCGAUGGGAGAACAGCUUUCUGCCUUGACCUCUGCAAACAUUUUUUUUUCUGAGUUAAUGGACUCAAUCACUCAUUUUGGGUAAUAUUGGACAAAGAAAAAUUUCUGUUUUAUAAAUCUUGGUGAAACAAUGGUUCAGUAUGGAGGGUCACUGUGCUAAGAAAGCGCACUGGCUAAUGACAGUCACGAGUCUAGUGUUGAAUACCCAAAGGUAAUAUGUAGCACAAACACAAAACUUGGAUACUUUGACAGUUUAUUUAGCAAUGUUAACAAACAUGCUAAUGUUGCUAAUGUUUAUAUACUGCAAUCUGUUCAUUAUUUGUUUAAAAGAAUCAAAUUCUCCUUCGUAAUCAUCCUCUAAACAAUAUAACAAUUAUAAAUAUUACAACAGAGUAGAGAGUUUAUAACUGAAGUUUUACCAUAAACGUCAUUCUGUAUUUUUAAAGCUGUCAUAUUAGCUUGUUCAUAAAAUACAUUUAACAGUAAAAAUCAUCAUUCAGACAAGCAGGUGUCAUUGUGCUGAGCGAUGAACUGCAAUGCAUCAUCUGAGACAGCAGUUUAGAUAAACUGCCCCAUAUGGCAGGAAGAGUUAUGUUCAAGACCAAUCAAAUGCAAGGUGGCAGGGGAGCUAUGUUUAGCUUCACGAUAGCGCUUAGCUAUGGCACACAUGUUUUCAAUACAAAUGGCUAUUUUGUAAGAUGGCGAUGGUGAAAAUGGUCAUCUCAGCGAGACUUCAGUAACCAGUGGGUGAUGUCAUGCUAGCUAUAACUAUCUUUCAUACUGUCUACGGUUGGACAAUGGGCUUCAGAGCUAAUAAACGAGUGAGGAGAGAGAAAGGAGUCUAUUGAUCAGGAGUGGGCAAUUAGUUUUCACCAGGGAACUGGGAUGUUCUGAAGCGCCACACCAAUAAGCUUAUAAAGAGAUAAAAUUAACACUGAACAGAAUUGAGUUCGGCUUAUAGAUACAGAUGAAUCACAGAUGAAGAGCUAAUUAGUGCUAAUAAUGCUAAAAAAUUCACUCACCCAGAGCAAGCCGUCCUAUUAGCCUGAUGACUGCAUGAAAAAAUGCUUAAAAAGUCAGUACCACCAAAAACAAAGCGCAGCUCUGACUCAGAUUCAUUGGUGAUGUUCAGCAGAUGACUACCUGCUACAGCUGCAAUGCAUUGCUUAAUAAGUACAAUAAAAACAGGUGAAUUACAUUUUUUAAAAAGGGAAAAAAUUAAUCUAAAUGUAAUAAAAGUGUUCUUUGAUCCCAUUUUUGAUACUUAUUGAUCCCAGGAUCAAGUGGUCAUUCCCAGAAUUGUAAUUAUUGCCACUUUGGCAUUUGCUUAAUUGUUCAGCCCCAGUUGUCAUUUUCAAGAAUGUUUUAUACUCAUAGUAUAAUUAAUACAAGUUGUUGAAGAUGGGUAAAUGCUGCACAUAUAAACAAUGCCAGAGUAUUACAUUUUAGAAUUAUAGGUGGAAAAAGAGAGUCAAGAUAAGACAGCGUGACAAAACCCAGCCAAUCUUGUCUUUGUGUCCGUUGCUAUUAACAUAAGAGGUGGCAUCACUGCAUGAUUGUUGAACAAUGGCUCAAAAUGGCGAGCGGAGAGAAGACCUUUCUCUUUCAGUCUGAGGAGCUGACAAGACUUGGCAUUUAACAAUUAUGGUUUUUGACAGCUGAUUUUUUUUCUCCUUAUUAAACGGUAAUCUAGCUGUCCUGCUACCAUGUCACUGUGAUAUCCCAGCUUGGUCAAUUAUCCAUGUGAUUUCAGACAAGGGCUUGUUUUUUUGUUUUUUAUCCGUAAGGCAUUCUUGCAGUAUAAUAUCUUGUGUAGUCUUCCAUUUAACUGUAGAGGGAUUAGCAGAACAAUGCAGCUGCUAAAAUGCUGGGAGUUUAUCAAUGGGGCAGUGCUAUUGUUAUGUUAGCAACAAUAGUCCAUUUGCUCCCCCUCGCUACACUGCUGUCCUGACAUUGCGGGUCGGAAUUAUUAAGCAAUUUUUUUUUCCCCACAAAAUUUCUUACACUGAUGGCAAAACUUCUGUUAUUCUUUCAGUGUGACACCAUAAAGUAAAAUGUAUGUGAUCAUUUGCUUCACUUGCUCAAACCAAAAGUCAAGACAGGAGUUUUAAUAAUGCCACUGCAGCAUUACAUUUCUUCCUCUGGAAGAAAGAAAAAUGGCAUUCAUGCACUAGUAAUAUCAAGAGGGAGAGUGUGAGUGAUGAGCUCCAUAGUGAACAAAAACAGCAGGCUUAUUUUGUGGAGGUUUCUAAAAACCACAGUGCAAAAACAUUAUACAUCUUAAAGCACGCUCAGAUCAUUAGGCACACCAUUGUCAUAUCAUGUACUAUUUUUCAGACAAAGUUUGACACUACACUCGCUUAAUGACCAGCCCAAACAUAUGGAUGGCGGAGAACUAAUUAAGACAUCCGAAAACACACUGUUCAUUUGGUUCAUUUGGUUGGACGCUGCUGCUUCCUUGAAGUUGACGGUUUAAAUUUCCUGCUUUCAAAGGGGUAAAAAAUGGGUCCUCAAAAAAUGUAUAUCUUGAGUAAUGUGCAGCGUUUUUGGGCUGGUUUUCAAUCAUGACGCUCCUACGGGCACAUACAUCAUCAAGUGACAUACCAGGCAGCAUGUAUGUCAAUCAGUUCUCAAGGUAAAUACUUGUGGAUAAAGUUGUUGCAUCCUUAGUGAUUCAUCAGGCCACAGGCCUAGGGUAGGUCCAUGUUCAUAUUACAUCUAAGACAAAACAGGGUGCUCCCAAGCAUGUUAGCCUGCAGUGUGCUGUUGCUGUUAGCUGCAAAGCCAGACAACAUAAUAAGUACAAGGUACCUUUCAAAAAUAGGAAUAAAAAAGGUUCAAGGUAGUAAUUUAGAUAACACAGGUGGACCAAAGAGGUGGAAAGUGGGUCUGAAGUCAAGUUUUCACAGGACUCUAUGGACCCCUACUGGUUCCAUAAGAAUCAGAGUCAAAGCAUUAACCAAGUUCUGCUAAUCAAACACAUCUUCAUUAAUUAAUCAUCAGCAAGUGUUAGCACUUUUAUAAAAGUAGAAGCUUUCUCAGUUUGCUAGUCAGGAGCAUUCAGUUGUGUGUUAGCACAAUCCCACAAUCUUCCUAGGAGUGGAUGUCCCCAUACACCACAAGCUCUUGGGGUUGUGCAAUGCUUGGAGAAACUGCAACAACCCCAAGAGCUACAUCUAAGAUUCUUCAGGCGUCAGUUAGCAUGUUAAAUGUUAAAGUUCAUGAAAGUACAACUACAAAAAGACUGAGUAAGUAUGACAUGUUUGGAAGGAUUGCCGGGAGAAAGCCUCUUCUCUCUAAAAGGAACACGCAGCACGGCCUUGGUUUGCAAAGUUGCAUAAGAACAAACCACUGGAGUUCUAGAACAAUGACUUUUCGACAGACAAGACCAAAGUGGAGAUGUGUGUGGCCAAAAUGCACAUCACUACUUUGCAAAAAACAAAUGGAGGCUAUCAGCACAAAAACCUCAUACGAACUGCUAAGAGUGGUGGUAUGUACAAUGAUGUGAGAGACUAAUAAAGUCAUACAGAGAACGACUGCUGCAAGUUAUUGGUGUUUCUACAAGCUACUGAAUUAUUUUUCAAAUGACUGUAUGCUACCCCCACCAGUGUAAAAUAUUCUCUUGGCAAAGGAGAAAUAACAAAGGUGAAAAAAAGAGGCUGACAGACAGAGUAGUGUGUUUCAUCCCUACAUGGCCACGCUAUUAACAAGAGGUUGGAUCAAUACCCACAAAGCUCUUUUCCCAAUUAGCUCCAUAUAUGUAGCCAGUGUGGUACUUUAAGAUGUUGUUUUAGUGUUGUCACUGUUAUAUUUUGUUACCUUUACAAAGACAGGUACUGUUUAGGGAAAUGAAUUAUAAAUACUUUCUUUUUUUUAACUAGAAUUAAGCACAAAGCGCUCAAAAGUUUUGGGUCACUUUGAAAUACACUUGUGUUUGUAAAGGAAAAUAUUUGUUUAUAUCUAAUAUAAUCUGAAAGUAAUCACAAGUAUUGGAAAUGACAAUUCAUGAUUAAAGGAAUCAUUAAUCAUAGAGCUUUUUUUUUUUAAUGGAAUACCUACGCAGUGCAGAGGCCCAUUUUCAGCAAUCAACUCCUGCGUUCCAGUGGAACAUUGUGGUACCUAAUGCAAGUUUAUCAUUGUUAAAAGGCUGAUUGAUCAUUAGAAAAACAUUUUCCAAUUAUGUUAGCGCAGCUGAAAAUUGUUCUGCUGAUUAAAUAAGCAAUAAAUUUGGGAACUAUCAUCUCCCAUCACAAAGCCCAUCACAGUAUUCUUAAAAUGCAGGCUACUCCGCAGGGAGUAAAUUGCCAAAAAAAAAGUGAAGCUUCCAUAUAAUGGUUUGUAUUUUGCCCUUCACAGAACAGCACAACUUGGCUCUAACCAGAGUUGCACAACUGAGCAAGAGGACAAAUACAUCAGAGUCUCUAGUCAGAGAAACAAAUGCCUCGCAGGUUGUCAUCUAGCAGCUGUUUUGAAUAAAACCAGAAAUUUUGCUGGAAAAGGAAAGGGAGCAGUUCACAUUCUCAUGUGAAAUAUUUGGGAACCUUUGUGCAUGAAACAGCCCUCAAUCCUUCAAACACAAAUAAAAGGUAUUAGCUAUACUUUGUAAGAAACUGUUUUUACUCCUGUUAAUGUGCUUAGUUAGCAUUUUAACGUGAUAAAGCUGCAAUAAGUAACAAGGCAUCAUUGUUGGGAGUAUUUUUGUGCUGAAAAUGGACCC